AUGGCUAUAUGGGAUAUAAGUAGUGAGUAGCAUAUGAGCCCCUUUCAGCCCUAUAAAGAGGAGAUUGCAUAGUAACAUUUUCUUUCUAGUUUCUCUCACACUUUACCACUUCCCAAACAUGGACAGAAACCAGUUGCAGCGACAGGUUGCCUACAUGAGGAAGUCGCUCUUUGAUCAGGGAUACCUCGAUGAGCAAUUUAUUCAGCUAGAGGAUUUGCAGGAUGAUGCUAACCCAAAUUUCGUAGAGGAAAUUGUCACAUUGUUUUACAGUGAUUCUGCUAGACUGAUCCGCAACAUUGAUCAAGGACUGGAGAACAAUCCUCCUGAUUUUGAUAGGCUGGAUGAUUACAUGCACCAAUACAAGGGCAGCUGCUCAAGUAUUGGAGCUAAAAAGGUGAAGAGUGAAUGCACACAGUUCAGGGAAUACUGCAGGGCUGGGAAUGCUGAAGGAUGCAUGAGGACAUUCCAACAAGUGAAGCAAGAGCACACUACCCUCAGGAGGAAGCUUGAAACUUAUUUUCAGAUGGCAAGACAAGCCUAUACUUGAUCAGCAUGUACCAUGUAAUAAAGAUUGCAGACAAGAUCUUGAGGACAAGGAUUGGUGAUCAUAUAAUAUAUAUAUAUUUGUACUACAUAAAUGCAGAAGUUGGGGGUUAUUAAAUAACAACAAAGGACUUGGUAGAUCUUAUCAUAUGCUGUAGGUGCCCAUAUAUAUAUAUUAUAUAUGUUUUGGUUGUAUAAAUAUUAAUGCAAGUAAUGCAACUUUAGCCCUUCUAUUAAAUACUUUUUACAACAA